AUGGUUAAAAUUAUUAUUGUUGUAAUUAGCAUUGAAGUUGUGAUCGGCAUCAUCCUCAAUGUGCUUAAUAUUGGCACAUUUGUUCAACGAUCCACACAUGAUUCAGGUAGUGGAUUUUAUUUGCUCGCCUCAUCAUGUAUCAAUCUUCUUACUAUAAUCACACUUAUGUGUAAAAUGAUUGUUUUAUUAAGUAUCGAACAAAAUCGUUGGAGUUGUUCACUUCUGGAAUUUCUACUUAAAUGGUGGCCGACAAGUUGUGAAUGGUUAGGCUCAUGUGUGGCAAUUGAACGUACGAUGGUUGUCAAACGUCAAACACAAUUUUCUCGUCCAAGAAGCAAAUAUUUAGCAAAAUGGGUUAUACCAGGCGUUGUCAUAUGUACAGCUGCCAUCUGCUCAUUCGAACUAGUCUUGCGUCAAGUUGUUACUGAUACGAACGAUGAACGACCCUGUAAAGAUUACUUAUUACAAGCACAUUGUAUUCAAAUUCUUGAAGUUUUAUUAUUAUUAUUAGAUAUUACUGGAGACACUAAUAGUAUUCCUCCUAAUCAUCUUGCAGAAAUUUUAACAGAACAAGAUACAAAUCAUAUCAAAUAUAGAACAUUCGAAAAAAUGUGUAAUGAAAGAAUAUCAAAUGAAAAUAAUACGAAAAGUUUAAGAGAUAUUAUAUCAGGAAAGGCUCUUGUUCCUGAAUCUAAUCAAGUAAGUGCAAAUAAGCCAUCGAUUCUUUUAAUUGAUCAAGUUGAUGUAUUUUGUUCAUAUGAAUUUGGUAUUGUGCGUUUUCCAGUAGUUCAUAUCUAUGACAAAUAUAUUACUGAAAUGCAGAAAAACACGGAAAAAUAUAAUGAAUGGUAA